AUGCGAAAAGCAAAGGAUCAGCUAUUGACUGGGGAAGAACCAAAUACGAACAAUGAUAACGUAGAUAAUGAAUCAGAAAUGGUUUUAGAGAGCUCAGAAGCUGAAAACGUAGUUGUAGAAGAUGAAAUUGAAGAAGAAGUAAGUGAAGGUAAAAGAAACAGAAGAAAACCUGUUUGGAUAAAUGAUUAUGUUCUUUCCAUUUUCAGAAACAACAUGGCUAAGACCAAGAUGACACAAAGACUACCAGUAAUUUGCCCAUUAUGCAAUGACACGGUGACAGCAAACGAGGAUUACAAUCAUCAUUUGUUGAUUUGUGCUGGAAAGAAAUUCCGUUGUGAAACAUGCGGGGUAAGCUUCAAGAAAAAACAGUAUCUAAAGCAGCACAUACGUCGUAAGCAUGAGAUGAAAUCUGUGAAUAAAGCAGACACAACUCCACAGAAAAAGGAGUCAACAAAUGACGAACCCGAAUCAAGUAAAGAGGUAAUUACAGAUACAGAUAUGAUGGAAUCAGAUAUUCAUGAAAAUGAAAGUAGUGACCGUGAGUGGGAUGUCGAUCCUGACAUUGAACUAAUUGGCAAAAGUGAAGGCAAAGAAGUCGCUGAAGAUAAUAGGUUAGUGAAUGACAUUAGAAUAGGUAGAAUAUAUAGAAAACAAACAAAUCCUAUUCCCGUGAUAACUCCUAAAAAGAGGAAGAUCUCUGAAAAGACAGAGGAAAGUUCAUUGCCGAAGAAAAGGAAAUUAAGUUCACCGGGAAACACUGAUGAAAUUAACACGGAGGGUUACAAAGGGUCAGCUAACGUAAUUCCCAGUGAAAUAACAGAGAAAAAGAAUGACAGUAAAGAUGAAAAUCUAGAAAGGCAUGAAAACUCAGUAAAUACCAGAGACACUGGUGUUAAAGUAAAAGAUGAUAUCGUAGAUAGCCAUACUACUAUUGAGAAGAAAUCCGAUAGUUCAGUUCAAGAAGAAAAUGCUUGUAACACGACAAAGAGUGAUCUUGUUCAACAGAAUCAGGCAUUACGUUGUGAACAUUGUACCAUGAUAUUUGAGGACGAUGUUAUCCAUUCACUGCAUAUGGGAUGCCAUAGUUUAGAAGACCCAUUUAAAUGCAACAUUUGUGGUAACAUAUACAACAAGUAUGGAUUUUAUACCCACUUUAUUAGAGGUCAUAAGUAG